CUUGAGUCGAGAGUGAAGACCGCGAGUCAUCGAUCGAUGCAGGCUUCAAGGUUUGGGCCGCCUGGCCUGCCUCGGGUCUCCCUUUUUCAGGCGGAUUUCUGCACCCUCAGCGCGGUGUAAUCAAGGUUUUCGAUUUCUUUCGGUUGCAGCUCGGAGAAUCAGGAUUGUCCAUCCAAGUUUUGUCGAUACGGAUGGUGUUUAUUGUGGAAACUGAGUGUUGUAAGGGCCUCUGGAGGACCGUGAUCUUGAUUGCUGGAUACGAGCAUCCGCGUGGAUCUUGAGGAAAACUUUGGUGAGCUGUAUUUCUGAGCAAGUAGUAGAAGACACAGAGGGCCAGAUUUUCUCUCCCUCCCGCGUGACUGUAACAGGAACUUUUAUUUAGGGUCAAGAGAGUCAGCUGGAUACCUGUUCCAACAUGGCCAUUCUUGGAAAUGAUAGAAAGAGGGUCUUGCCUCUAUUAUUAUGUCUCGUCGUCCUCGCUUUGCACGUGAUUGACUGCAGCUCGGCGAUAUUGGAUCGUCGACCAGUGUAUGAUUCAAGGCACGAGGACGAGAAUGAGACUCAAGAUGGUAAAGUGCAUUGUUCAAGAGCAAGGAGCAGAACAGCUAGCCAAAUACUUGACGAGUAUUUGUUACCUUUCUUGGAGAAGGAGCAGUACAAUCUGUCCAGCGCUUGCCGAUUGAAUCCUGAGAACAACAUGUUCAAGGAUCAAGAAUUGCAAAAGGACAAUGUACGCCCAUCACAAUGGCAAUGUUUGUACUGCAAGAAAACUUUCCGAUCGGAGGACUACCUGGACAAGCACAUGGACAAUCGUCACUACGCUAUGCUUGAUCUUAAUUCAAAGCGUUGCUUAGCAGACAUUUGUGGUGCUGUACACUGUGAUCAUGCGGAUAGUGUUGCGAAGGCAACGACGAAAAAGAGGUGCAAUCGCGCAGCAGUGAUCAAGAACAAGCAUCUGUGUGAGGCUCUGGCGAAUGAAUGUUUUCCAUCGAAAGAAGGUGCUACUGCUCUGCGCUUAAACGAAUUCUUUCUACGUCAGUUCUGCGAUUCACACACUUGCGACGGAAGCGCAAAGCACUUCCCGAGGGGUUCUGGGAGAAGGAAGAACAAAUCUUUAUACAUGGCUCUGUGUCUCUUCGUGAUCAUAUUACUUGGAAUAUUUUACCUUGCAGUGUACUUAUAUCAAAGAGAUAUGAACGGCGAUGCGUCAAGUCUAAAGCGGCUUAGACAGCAUCCGAUACUGAAAGCACAGAAGUCGAAGAAAUUUUGAAAGCUAACCGCAACUGUACAUUAGACGAUUGAUUGUUUCGUUCUUAGAGAUAUCAUGUGAUUGUUGCUGUGUGCCACACGGAUUUUAGCAAGUACAAUUCCGAGUCAUCAUAUUACGUCUGUGCAAUGGUGUCACGCUUUGGCAAUAUUUGUCACUAUAAUUUAGCAUCCAAAUUCAAAUGAGAGCCGUGAAUCAACAUUGCUACCAUGUUCUUCGUGCAUGAGAAAUCUUCUCCACUGAGCCAGUUCC